AUGGUUGUUGGUCGCUCCUCUCUCCUGUCCACGCUCGCCCAAUUCAAGCCGUACGCUUCCACACUGCCCGCGGCUCCCAUCUCCUCGGCCCUACCCCGCGUUCCUAGUCUCGGCGCAAGAGCAAUGUCCGUGACCGCUUCGCGGCCCGACCCUUUUCGGCCAGCAAAGAGAGUUGCUGGUCAGCGACAGGAUGUCUGGUCCAUUGUCAACGAAGCUGCUGCUGCUUCGCCUGUGCAGCCAAUCGUGAACAUGGGUCAAGGGUUCUUUGGCUAUAACCCCCCGAAGUUUGCGAUUGAUGCUGCGAAGGACGCCCUAGACCGCGUGGAAUGCAACCAAUACUCCCCAACAAAGGGUCGCCCUCGCCUCAGGAAGGCAAUUGCGGACGCAUACUCGCCCUCCUUCGGCCGAACCUUAAACCCCGACACUGAGGUCUCAAUUACCACUGGCGCAAAUGAAGGCAUGCUUAGUGCCUUCAUGGCUUUCAUUGAGCCCGGUGAUGAAGUCAUCAUCUUCGAGCCGUUCUUUGACCAGUACAUCAGCAACAUCGAGAUGCCCGGGGGCACCAUCCGAUAUGUGCCCCUGCACCCCCCCAAGGACGGUGCAACCAGAACCUCCCCCGCUUCGGAGUGGACGGUUGAUUUCCAAGAGCUUGAGAACACUAUUAACUCCAAGACCAGGAUGAUUGUUUUGAACUCUCCCCACAACCCCGUUGGCAAGGUCUUCUCCAAGGAGGAGCUGCAGCGGAUUGGUGACCUCUGUGUCAAGCACAACCUUAUUAUCCUGUCCGAUGAAGUUUAUGACCGCCUUUUCUAUGUUCCCUUUACCCGAAUUGCCACCUUGUCUCCCGAGCUGUACGAGCGCACCCUCACUGUGGGCUCGGCUGGCAAAGCCUUCUACGCCACCGGCUGGCGUGUGGGCUACCUGAUUGGACCUGAGCAUUUGAUCAAAUACGUUGCUGGUGCGCACACGCGCAUUUGCUAUAGCAGUGUUUCUCCUCUCCAAGAGGCUGCUGCCGUUGCGUUUGAGCAGGCAGACAAGGUUGGCUUCUGGGACGAGAGCCGGAACGAGAUGCAGCAGAAGAUGAAGCUCUUCUGCGAGAUUUUUGACGAGCUUGGUAUCCCAUACUCUGAGCCUGAGGGUGGAUAUUUCGUGCUGGCCAACAUGGCUUCUGUCAAGCUGCCGGCCGACUAUCCCUUCCCGCCGCAUGUAGCCAACCGUCCUCGUGACUUCAAGCUUUCUUGGUUCCUUAUCCAUGAAGUUGGUGUGGCUGCCAUUCCUCCUACGGAGUUUUAUACCGAUGCCAAUGCUCAUAUCGCUGAGAACUAUCUCCGCUUUGCCGUAUGCAAGAACGAUGAUGUUUUGGAGACCGCCAAGGAGAGACUGCGGGGCCUGAAGAAGUACAUUACGCAGUGA